GGUGGAUUCGCAACCUCCGUGUUAUUUCCGAACAUGGUCCCGAAGGGUCAUUUAGGAUUGAAAUGCCUUGGCUGGAGCCUGAUCUCCGAUCUUUCCGUACCUUUCGUUGGUCGUUGCCCGACAAUCAUACGAGGCCCACUGCAGCGACAAUCUAGGACGAACUAUGAUCCUCUUCUUACUUCACUAGAACUCCAAUCACUAAACGAGCAUUUUGAUGCCAUCGCGUCGCUCAUCACCGAUGACUACGUAGGCAGCUUCGACAACCCACAUUGCUUGCGUGAUGGACUAUUGCCAAUAUCUUGUUUCCGAAGUCUGGUCGAGCCUACCACCGGUGGCAGGUUACCGGAGACACUCCGCUUGCAGCGAGCAAUCACCAGAUGUCUGUCGCCUCCAAGAUCGUGGAAGGGCAGCCCAACCCGUGUGCUACUACAAAACUGCCGAUACAUUGAGCAGCACUCAGGACACUUUAUCCGACGCGGUGUUCAUCGCCUCUACGUGGGGGCCCUUUGUAGGCUGGCCCUUGGGCGAAUAAUGCUCUAAUAUUUGAAGGAAGUCUGAACUAGCCGUAGCGUCUCCACCACUCCGCGGUCUUACCAUAAGUAAGGUGCAGAGCCAGCUUUACAGAGAAAUCCAGCUAUUAGAAUUUCAAGGAUCUUUUUCGCUUGUGAGGAUGAUCAAGGGUUUGAAGUUUUCCCGCAAUAAUGGGUCCGCAAUCCCUUGCGUGUUUGUGUGCGUGUUGGUGGAUGGAAACCGGAGCAUCUCCAAGUGGGUCUGCCGGACCGUGGAUAGAUAUCAACCCCGCUAUCUUGUUCUAACCUUCUCUUCUCUUACACUCUCUAUCUUGUCGCUGUAGAGCUAGACCUUGAAACGAGUAUCGUCCCCAACACUCUCUUCUUGAGAACUCAGGCCCUAAUUCUAAAACGCGCUAAGCCACGAUAGACCGUUCUAGGAAUGGCCCGCCAUUUAAAUGCUCUCCUUUACUGGGGUUGUCACCAAGCUAGUGAUGCGUGUGCUAGCGUGUCUCCAUGGUAGGUACCCGGAAACACGGUGAUAGUGUUCGCGGCUGACACCAGUUUCGAGACCACCUUUAUAGAGAUCUGUA